UGUGAAUCCUGGACAAAUACAAGAAAAAGAAGACUACAUAUAUGCGCAGCCUGACAAAUCUCGUAUUAGACAGAAACAUAGCAAAAUGGAAAUAAGUAAACCGCAGAAAAUGUACGACAACAUUGCAAUUGAUCUAGAAGAAAAUGAAGCAACCGUUACGGAAACUGAAACCGAUGUGGACAAAAUACAAUUAGAAGAAUUGGAAGAAGGUCCUACAAAGUUUAUAGAGACAGAAGUAAAGCCACCCAGCACAGAUUUAUACUACAAUACCGCAAGUUUGAUUCGUAGUCGCAUAAAGGUUUCAGAUCUUCUAGAAUACAUCAAGAAGAAAAAUGAUUAUGAAAAGGAAUUUGAGAAAUUACCUAAAGGUCUAACAAGAACGUGCGAUGUAGCUCUCAAACGAAACAACCGCGCAAAAAAUAGGUAUAACGGAAUAUAUGCAUAUGAUGCGACACGAGUUGUCCUACAAAGUAAAAACUAUAUCAAUGCUAAUUAUAUAGACGGUCACAAGGCGUCUCCAGCUUAUAUUGCUUCCCUAGGACCAACUAAGAGCACAAUGAACGAUUUUCAAGACUUUUGGGAAAUGAUUUGGCAAGAAAGAACAGAUAAAAUAAUCAUUUUGACGAACUUGGAAGAGUCUAAGAAAAUGAAAUGUGAACAAUAUUGGCCAGAACAAGGAGCUAAGAAGUAUGGUAAAUACAAAGUUACAUGCGCAGCUGAGAGAACGUUUUCUGAAUUCACAGUAAGAGAGUUUACCAUAAAUGCAAAGUCUGAGACGAGACAAGUGACACAAUAUCACUACACAGCAUGGCCUGACAAAUCCGUUCCUGAUGGUGUCGCAACUCUAUUAGAGUUCAGAGACAAAGUUGAACAAUCACAAACAACAACUGCUGGUCCAAUGGUUGUCCAUUGCAGUGCUGGUAUUGGUCGAACUGGAACCUAUAUCGCCCUUGAUAUACUCAUAAAAGAAGGCAAGGAUGAUAAUUAUGUCGACUUUUUUGGCUGCUUGAUGGCGCUUCGUGGACAAAGAGCUCACAUGGUGCAAAACUUGGACCAAUAUAUAUUUCUUCACACCUGUGUCCUGUAUGCUCUGGCCUGUGACGCUGAACCGCUCUCGCUCACUUCAAUACCGAAUAUCAUGACAGAUGAAAAAAUAUUACGACAAUAUCAGACUUUUACGGACAUUCAAAUACUAGUGGACAAAGAUCGUAGGUCAGUUGCAAACAAUAAAAGCAGAAAGGGAAACAGAAGUGGAGCCGACAUUCCUUGCGAUGACCAUAGAGUGCGAUUGACGUUGACCUUAGCAGGGCAUGAUUAUAUAAAUGCAGUCUAUGUUAAUGGAUACGAAAAGUCCAACAAAUUUAUUCUGGCACAAACGCCUUUACAGAAUACAGUGGAAGAUUUCGUAGCCAUGUUGUAUCAAGAAAAAUGCCCAUGUAUUGUAUGCCUUGAUGAGGAAAAUAUAAAGGAUAAAACGGUCGGGUACUAUCUUCCACAUGCCAAUAAAGCGUCCAAAGUUGGGCAUUUUCAAGUGACAUGCAAGACAUGUAACUCAACGGAAGAUAUAGUUGUUCGAGAGUUGACGAUUUUACGCAGUGGAUCGCAAUCAUCAGAAGAAUUGAAAAUCAAACAUUACCAGUUCAGAGGUUGGAAUAACUCCGAAAGUGCCCCUUCAAGAGUUGAACCUUUCUUAAAGAUGGUUAAGGACGUUAAAAAUGAGAGAAAGGCUCAGAAAUCGGAACAGCCAAUCGUAGUUCAUUGCUUAACUGGAGCCGAAAGAAGUGGUCUUUUCUGUGUUGUUUCUUUGCUUUCGGAGAAGCUUCACUUUGAAAAAGAACUCAGUGUACUUAAUACAAUAUGUCAAGUUCGCAUUAGGAGGCGGUCAGCUUUUCAUGACAUAGAACAUUACCGGUUCUGCUACAAAUGUGUGAAGGAAAUGUCCGAGAUUUCCGACUCAAGCACAUACUACAAUAUGAACAAUAUGUAAAUGGUAAAGGAAAUAAAACUGACUGCAUUUCUUAUCUAUGAUUCCGUUUGUAGGAGUUAUAGUUUUAUCCUUUGGAAUUAUUAAGUUAUAGCAUUGUCCAAAUGUAAAACAAUCAAUAAUCACGUACUGCUAAUGUUAGAAUCUUAGCUUUUUCAUUAUAAUGUGUUACAAAAAGUGUUUUCGAUGAUAUAUGUUGGUGACCGCUUAUAUAUCAUGCGAGACACAUACGUGAUUAAGGCAUCUAAAGCUAUAUACGUUCUCACUGAAUCCAGUCUGUGUUAUUCUAUUAUUCGGGAUUUCAAAAAUGAACGGAAAUGCAAAAGUGAUUAUAUUUAUGUCGCUUGUCCUUAACAUGGCAAUGUAGAUGUGAAAAUACAUAUACACCGUUAUCAACCUUUUAACGAUUGCAUCAAUACCUCCUCCCAAAAAAAUGUAUAUUUGUUAAAGAGUCUUUGAGGCAUGGCAGAGUAAAUGGCCAUUGGACGUGGAAAAAGUAUUUACAAAGCGCAAAUCAGGCAGGGCAGUAUUGAUCAUAUUUAGUGAUAGCUCUAGUUUAUGUGUGUCACACGUAAUAUAUACAUUGUCGUCAGCUAUAUUUCUAUUUUCAUAUUUUAGCGGUUUACUUGUUUCUAUCAAAAGGAAAUAAAUGAUAUAUCUAAUUGAAAAAUAUAUGUAUGUCAUUUACAACCUUUCUUAUCAUCCAACAGGUUGAAAUGCAUAUAAUGUGUGGAUAAUGUUUUACAAAUAAUAGCUACAAUAAAAUGCUGCUUGAAAUUAAGUUUAUACUGACUUUUUUUCUAGUUAAUCCUGGGAAAAUGACAAUUCGAUAAGUUCUUUCUGUCAUUUUGUGUACUUUCUAUGUUAUUCCUUCAUUGUUUUGUAGAGUUGCUUAUUAAUUAUGUACGUUUCCGUUAAUUUUAGUUAAACAGUUCAUGUUUUGCUGUUUAAUGAUUGUUAGUUCGCACGUGGAGGAGUCUUACUGAGAGUGAUUUCUUAGGGUUAGCUUUACAAAGCUUGCAACAAGUCAAAUGGUUUAUCGCGGCCAGAAAUUUGUACAAACCGGACAGAAGUUGCGAAAUUGUCAUUUGUGCAGGAAAGAAGCGUUUACCAUAAUGUCCAGUACUGGACAGGUAUAGUGACCAUGCACGGACACAGCCAAUUUUCUCAGAGGGGGUCCGAUCCCCUGCCCCCCCCCCCCCCCCC